GACGACAGUAGUAGGUCCUAAUAGUAUAACCACAUUUUGAUUAUUCAGGUAAUCAACAAUUUCACCCAUACCUCACUCAAGUAUCAGUUCCUAGACUUUCUUGUAUCUAGUUAACAAAUGCUACUCUAGGCUAAAACCACCCCCAUAACCAACCACACAACGACAACACUGCUCCGGUAAUUAAUAAAAACAGCAAUACUCAAUCUAGACCUUAUCCCCAAUCCAACAAAUCACCUCCCUAUCCCAGUGGUUAGUAUCAGAAAUGUACACUCCUAUACUACGAUGUCACAUGACCCGUCUAAAGCAGCGACCGCGCUAACCCACAAGGCACCUGAUCGGCCCGGCAUCCUCACCAGGCAGUGCGACUUCUUUCUCCUCACUCCUCACUUCAAUCUCCAAUUAUCUAAAACCCCGAAUUAAUAUUUGCGGGGAAAAGCAAAAUGCCCCCAGGCAGCGAAUACGCCUCGGGCGGGGGUGGAAAACUCAAGCUCAAGGGCUCCAAGGUCAGCGACGGCCGAGUAGACAAGAAAAAGAAGAAGGCCAAGAAGAGAGAGGAGGAGAAGAAGACGGAGGAGGCCAGGGGGGACGACGGCCACGAUAAGAACAAUGAAGAAGGUCAGGUCCAGGGCCAGGGGAAACCGGACGACGAGGUAACGGCCUCGACAGGGGCAGCAGAGGAGGAUGGUGGCGUGGUGGUGGGCAAGACGGAGGCGGAAAGGAAGUAUGAGGAUGCGAAGAAGAAGAGGCUCCAAGAACGGCUCAAACGCGACGGAGUCAAAACACACAAAGAGCGAGUGGAGGAGCUCAACAAGUACCUGAGUCGGCUGAGUGAGCAUCACGACAUGCCGAAGAUCGGACCGGGUUAAAAGGCAGCGGUUCACAGUCCCAUCACAUCAUUGUCGGUCUUCUUGCCGAGAGGGACGUGGGUUUCAUUGUUGCUUGGGACGGGGGAGUUUUCUGUUGGUUUCCUUGGAUUUGCUCGUGCGACU